UUCGUGGAAAGCGACGAUGAGGAGGAGCUGCUGUUCAACAUCCCGUUUACGGGCAACGUGAAGUUAAAAGGAGUAAUUGUGAUGGGAGAAGACGACAGCACGCACCCAGCAGAGAUGAGGCUGUUCAGGAACAUUCCUCACAUGUCCUUUGAUGAUGUAGGCAGGGAACCAGACCAGACAUUCAGCCUGAACCGGGAUCCGACGGGCGAGCUGGAGUACCCCACCAAAAUUGCCCGUUUCUCCAAUGUUUACCACCUCUCCAUCCACUUUCCAAAGAACUUUGGAGCGGAGACAAUGAAGAUUUUUUAUAUAGGCCUGAAAGGAGAAUGGACGGAGGCUCAUCGCCAUGAAGUCACCAUCUGCAAUUACGAAGCAUCAGCAAACCCAGCUGAUCACAAGUUGGAACAAAUCACCCCACAGACUCACUUCAUCUCCUAA